ACCAAUAAUACAAAAAAAAAGGAUGAUGCUUCUUCGCCUCUACCGUGGGAUGAGCGGCUUGUUGGGGUGCCGGCAUUGAUUUCUUCUUCCUCCCCAAGCCAACAUCAAUUACCACAGUAGAAGAAAAAGAAGGAAGAAGAAGAAGAACAAAGAGCUAAAGAAGCCACCCGCUCCAGAUCCGCCAUUAAAGCGCUCACGCCCCUUCCCCACGAGAAAGCAAGCGAGGAGCAACCAACCAAGCAAAGCUGUAGUCCGCCUUGACCUUUCACGCACAUCCACGACCACAUCCCUCUUCUUUAUUAGUCCCCUUCCGCGCUCUGCUUCAAGAACCAAAGAAAGAAAGAGAGCAGAGCAGACCGGAGCAAAGUAGAUGAUGAUGGCGAUGAUGGUGGAGCGAUGCUGCUGCGUUCGAACUCACCGUUUCUUGGCGUUGUUCUUGCUGCCACUGGGGUUCGCAUUGUUGGCGUCUUCCAGGGGCGUGGUGGGAAUUCUGGACCCGGUGGACUUCCUGGCGCUUCAGGCUAUACGCAAGGGCCUCGAAGACAUGCCUGGCUCCGAUUUCUUCUCCGACUGGGACUUCACGGCCGACCCCUGUGCUUUUCCGGGCGUGUUCUGCGCUGGGGACCGCGUCAUGGCCCUCGCCCUGGGCGACCCCCGUGCCGGCUACCCCGGCCUCCAGGGCAGCCUCGACCCCGCCCUCGGCCGCCUCUCCGCCCUCGCCGAACUCUCCCUCGUUCCCGGCCGCGUCACGGGCCCGGUCCCCGACGAGCUCGCCGGAUGCCCCGACCUCCGCUUUCUCGCUCUCAGCAAGAACCUGCUCUCCGGCCCCAUCCCUGCCGGCCUCGGCGCCCUCCCCCGCCUCCGCACCCUCGAUCUUAGCUACAACCAGCUCUCCGGUCCCCUCCCCCCCUCCCUCACUGCCGCUCCGGCCCUUUCCAACCUCAUCCUCUGCCAUAAUCAGCUCUCGGGCACCCUCCCGCCUUUCCCGGACGCCGCCUCCCUCCUCCGCCUCGACCUCAAGCACAACCAGCUCUCCGGCCCGGUGCCGUCGUUGCCGCCAUCCCUGCAGUACCUCGCCCUCAGCCACAACACCCUCACCGGCCCCGUGGACACUGUGCUUCCGCGCCUCACCCGGCUCAUCUUCCUGGACCUCAGCUCCAACCUGCUCGAGGGUCCCAUCCCCGGGUCCGUGUUCGAGUUCCCGCUCGCGGCGCUCCAGCUGCAGCGCAACGCCUUCUCCGGGAAAGUGGAGCCGCCGCAGGAGGACGUGGUCAUCCCGGUGGUGGACCUGAGCUACAACCGGCUGUGGGGGGCCGUGCCGCCGCAGCUGGCCGCCGUGGGUCGGCUCUACCUCAACAACAACCGGUUCUCCGGGGAGGUGCCGAGCCGCCUGGUGCAGGGGCUCAGCAACGGGAUGCAACUGCUCUACCUCCAGCACAACUUCCUGACGGGUAUCGAGAUAGGGCCCGCGGCUGCAGCCAUCCCCGUCGGUGCGUCGCUGUGCCUGCAGUACAAUUGCAUGGUGCCGCCGUUCGACACGCCCUGCCCACUCAAGGCCGGCACACAGAAGAUGCGCCCCGUCUAUCAGUGCCCCGACUGGAGAGGCUGAUCGCCCACAGCCGCCACUGCCGGAGUGGGCCAAAGAAUCAACCAGGGGAGGGAUCAAAAGAAACAAAGGUAAAGAAAAAGAAGUAUAUAUAUAAAUAUAUACACAACAAUAAUAUUCUUUUAUUAAUUUUGGGUUAGGGAGUAAGGAGGAAGAAGAGUUGCUGAUAUAUAUUUGAACAGUGGGUGGUAAUUUUGGGAUGGUUUCUGCUGCUUGAUCAAGCUGUUGUUUUGAUUGGUUAUUUGUCUUCUUAGUUGGUGUGUGCAUAAGGUAUGAAAUUAAGUUGUCAUGUAGAGAGAGAACUUAUAUUGCUGUUGCAUGAUUUCAUGGGUCUCUUGAAGUACAUGAUAUCUGUUUUAUAUUCUAUCCAGAAUUUAUAGUUAUUCCUUGUUUGGCUUA